UUGCUGCUCUUCAAAACAAAGAUGCAGAGUCUGCGUCGCAUCAGAGGGUUUUAGAUUGAGCAUGACGACUAAAUUCAAUUUGACACAUCGGAAGUGGUCCAACAGCCAAUGCAGAGGAAAUUCACAGCGGCUUUCACCCACCCUGUUUUUCUGAUUGUGUUGCAUUUAUACUUUGACUUUCUAGUUGUGUGCAAAGAGUACUUAGGUUAACAGAGAGCGCGCAGCGGGAACCGACACAAUGACAGGAAAGUGCCACAAUGGAAAAUGUUACACAGCAAGAACGAUGUCAAUCCACUGUGAGUCACAUAAGCUCAACAAGUUUACUAAUGCUUAAUGAUUUUAAUACUGUUGCUUCACUCAUUCAUGAGCUUGUUAGAGCAUUGUUGUUGAUUUUGGACAAAUCUUAACAUAUUUAUAUCUAUUGUAGUCUGAGCUUUGAUCAACAGCACCACAAAUAUCCAAAUGACACAUACUGAACUUGUGUGCAUCAAAAACAAGUGUCAUUUCUCAUAUGAAGGUGUCAAGCGUUUUAGUUUGUAUUCAUUGCUGUUUAUAUUAUUGCAAUUCAUGCUGCUUAUACAUCUAUAAGAUAAUUUGUAAAUUAUUGUUAGGUCACAGGUGUCAAACCCAGGUCACAAGUCAAACAGCUUGGUGUUAUCUUUGACUCUGAUCUAAAUCUUGAAUUUCACACGAGAAACAUGAGGUGUCCUUCUCUCCCAGGCAGACACAGGAAAACGUAUGCAUCCUUUUGUCUCUCGCAGGGCGGGCCGGUGUAACACUCUUCUGUCUGGUGUAUCUCAGAAGGCUGCACAGAAUGCAGCAGUGUGUUGUUUGAUGAAAACCAGAUAGGGCGCCCGCAUUGCUCUAAUCUCAGCAUCUUUACAUUGGCUACCUGUCUGUCACAGAAUUCACUUUGGAAAUGUUUAAUUGGGUUAUCUGUCAUGGUCAGGUCGACAUGGUCAAGACAUGCAUGAGCCUGCAAAGGAACAAAAAUAACGCCCCCCAGAGGCUGGACUCAUUUAAUCAGCUGAUCCCAGUCUUCAGCUGAUAAUAAGGUGACCCCUUGACUGGUUGCAACAAAAACCUGCAGCCACAUGGCCCUUUAUGGAAUAGUUUGGACAUGCCUGUUUCAGGGCUCUAAAUCUUCAGACACAUGUUUUUUAUCAUUGCUUUCGCCUGUUUUACCUAAUAGCUGUUUUAUCUUAUCGUAUCCUGCGUUCUCUUUUAAAAUCAAUUCCAUUUUCCUUUUUUUAUUGUAUUUUCAUAAUUGUUAUCACUGACUUUUAUCACUUUGUGUUGCAUUUUAUGCAUGAAUUGUGCAGGAUAGAUAAAAUUAAAGGAUAGAUAAAUUGCUUUUUAUUAGUAUUAUUAUAGCCUAACUAAACAUUUCUUCAUAAAUGGUUGCAAACAGGAAUUUUCACACUCUAAAUUUCACUUCGUUGGUUAUCAUUUAAUAAAGAAAUACCCCUUGAUGACGUUCGUCAUUUGACAGACAGGACAGAGCAAAUUCUCCGCCCACCGACCCAGUUAAGAAUUUAUUCUGCGCGUCGCAGUUCAUCAUCAGUACUCAGCCGGUGUCUGCAGAGACUCUCUCCUCCAGAGACAAAAAAGCACCAUCGGAAUGGGCUUAACCGAAGAUUUCGUGAAGCUGCAUUUGGGCUGGCCUCGUGUGCACCACUUGUUUGCUCUACUUUGUCUCACCCUCGUCGUCUAUAAGUUAGUUGUCCUGCUCGGCAAAAGGAGCGCGGCGUUUCGGAACUUCGAAGCUUUUCCAGGACCGCCGUCACACUGGCUGUUUGGACAUGUGUUGCAGUUUAAACAGGACGGGACAGACUUGGACGUGACGGUGAAAUGGGGAGAGCAGUACCCGUAUGCUUUCCCACUGUGGUUUGGUCCCUUUGUUUGUUUCCUCAACAUCAGCCAUCCAGAUUAUGUGAAAACCAUACUGGCAACAGCAGAGCCAAAAGAUAAUCUGUCCUAUAGGUUUAUUGAGUCGUGGAUUGGGGAUGGCUUACUGGUGUCACAAGGUCAGAAGUGGUUUCGUAACAGAAGGCUCUUGACCCCAGGUUUUCAUUAUGAUGUUUUGAAACCAUACACAAAACUGAUGUCAGAUUCUACUAAAACUAUGUUGGACAAAUGGGAGAGAUAUGCAAACACCGACAAGUCAUUUGAAUUGUUUGAACAUGUCAGCCUAAUGACACUGGAUAGCAUUUUAAAAUGUGCCUUCAGCCACAACAGCAACUGCCAGACCGAGGGCGGAACAAAUGCAUACAUCAAAGCAGUGUAUGAACUCAGUGACCUGAUCAACCUGCGGUUCAGGAUGUUUCCUUACCACAACGACCUCAUUUUCUACCUCAGCCCACAUGGCUUCAGAUACAGAAAAGCACGCAGGGUGGCUCACAGUCAUACAGAGGAAGUCAUAAGAAAGAGGAAAGAAGCACUGAAGGAAGAGAAGGAGCUGGACCGCAUACAGGCCAAGAGAAACUUGGACUUUCUGGACAUUCUUCUCUUUGCAAGAGAUGAGAAGCAGCAGGGUCUGUCAGAUGAAGAAAUACGAGCAGAAGUGGACACCUUCAUGUUUGAGGGCCAUGACACCACCGCCAGUGGCCUCUCUUUCAUCCUCUACAGUCUGGCCUGCAACCCAGAACACCAGAAGAUCUGCAGGGAUGAGAUCAUGCAAGCCCUGGAUGGCAAGGACACCAUGGAGUGGGAGGACCUCUGUAAAAUUCCAUACACGACAAUGUGCAUAAAAGAAUCCCUCCGUCUUUACCCUCCUGUACCAGGGAUGUCCAGAAUCAUCAACAAACCUAUUACUUUUUUUGACGGAAGGACUUUGCCAGCAGGUAGUCUUAUUGGAACAAGUGUGUAUGGGAUUCACAGGAAUGCAGCUGUCUGGGAAAACCCUGACGUCUUUGACCCACUGCGUUUCCUACCAGAGAAUGCUUCCAAGAGGUCACCCCAUGCAUUUGUGCCCUUCUCUGCUGGGCCAAGAAACUGCAUUGGUCAGAACUUUGCCAUGAACGAGUUGAAAGUGGCGACGGCCCUGACACUGAAGAAGUACGAGUUGAUCGAAGACCCCGCUUGGAAACCCAAGAUAAUUCCUCGGCUGGUGCUUCGCUCGAUCAAUGGCAUCCACAUCAAGAUCAAAUCUGUGGAUCCACAAGCGUAGGAGAAGUCCCUGCAGGAAAUACUGUCAACCUGGAAACACAUUCUUCAGUUGGAGGGAAAUCUGAAGAUCUGAAUCAUCGUCAUUUCUAAUAUUUUUAGUGUUAAAGGUGUGUAGGAUUUAGGAGGAUCUUUUGGCAGAAAUGCCACUAAAUCUAUACACAGAACUUUUAAGUCUGUUUUAAAGUCUAUACACUGACAUAGAGUCACAAUGAUGAAAUGAAGAACUGUGCAGUUUUUCCUUUAAUGACUAUUUUCAGUGACUGAUUUCUGGCUGAAAAACUUGUAGUUUAUGAUCAUUUUGUCACACUGGAGGAGUUUUUAAUGAGACUUGCUUGCACUUUAUAAUAAAACAGGAAGAAGACCUACAGAAUAUUGUGGUAGAACAUUUGUACCAAAUCAGUUUUAAAUACAUGUUUCAAAAACGUU